AAACCCUAGAAACCAUAAUUUAGUGAAUGGCUGGAAGCUUUGAAAUCGGUUUUACCCGUUUAAAACAUGUCCUUGUCCAGGGACAUGGCGCUCAAGCAUAAGUCUGGAGAAACUGCGGUUGAAGCAAAGAAGAGGAGGCUGGUUGGCUUCGCGAAGACUGAUGAAGGUGUUGAGGCAAAUAAAUGCAUAAAGAUAUUCUUUGUGAGCAGUCCAGAUGAAGUAGGCACAAGUGAUGGCUUUUGUGUCGAACCAAUGGACCUUAAUCAGUUUUUUGGUGAAGAUGGCAAGAUAUAUGGCUACAAAGACUUACAGAUUAACAUAUGGUUGAGCUCUCUGUCUUUUCAUGCAUAUGCUGAUAUUUCUUAUGCCAGUAAAGUUGAUGGAGGUAAGGGGAUUACAGAUCUAAAACUGGAUUUUGAGAAUAUAUUUGGUGAAUCAUUGCUUGACAAAAAUGAUUUUCUUCGAACAUUUUCCACAGAAAGUCAUUGUUUGAGAAAUACUAUUUCGGCUGGAACUGUUUUGCAAUGUCACUCUUUCAAUGAGGAGGCUGAUUCAUCUGAUACUCAUUCGCAUGGUUCAUCCAUUGAGCACCAGGUUGUCCGAAUGGAACUAAACAGCAUGCCUGUUGGAUUGUUGUAUAGUCGUCUUGUACCUCUUACUUUUCUUCUUAUAGAUGGCAGCAGUCCAAUUGAUGUGACAGAUUCAAAAUGGGAUAUUUAUUUCACAGUAAAGAAAAUACAAAGCAACACAGGGGAAUAUGAUCUUACAUUGCUCGGUUUUGCAACAGUAUAUCGAUUCUAUCAUCACCCUGGAAGCACUCGCCUUAGACUAAGCCAGAUACUGGUAUUGCCUCCUUACCAGGGUAAAGGGCACGGUCGACGGCUGCUAGAGUCGGUUAAUUCAACUGCAAUAACUGAGAAUGUGUACGACUUGACCGUGGAAGAACCUUCAGAGUACCUGCAGUACCUGAGAUCUUGCAUUGACACUCUUCGCUUGUUUGAUUUUGAGCCCAUAAAACCAGCCAUAAACUCUAUUGCAUCAUCACUAAGCACGGAGUCCGUAUCCAACAGUGCCUUGAAGUCACUGGCAGGCCCACCAACUCAUGCUGUUGAGAUUGUACGCCAAAAAUUAAAGAUCAACAAGACCCAGUUCCUUAAGUGUUGGGAUGUCCUCAUAUAUCUGAUGCUUGACAACAAGAACCGCAUCAUCAUGGAAAACUUCAGAGCAGUCAUCUUGGCUCGUGUGCGGAGUGAUAUCUUUGAUAAGGAUGCCGAAUCCAAAGGAAAGCAUCUAGUUGAAGUGCCAAAUGAUUAUGAUCAUGAUAUGACCUUUGUUGUAUAUUGUCCGCACGAAGGAGGAGAAUCGGAGAGCUUAGAAAGAAGGCUAGAUAGUGAUCAAGCUGAUCAGGAGCAGCAGUUAAAUAAGUUGGUAGACAAAAAAUUAGAGGAGAUUGUUGAGAUUGCAGAGAAGGUUUGUUCCCUGAGUAAGUGAGAUUGGCUAUUCGGUACCAGGACUAAUGUGUUCUCCUUUGCGCUAGCAAGAGUUUAAGAUUCAAUUUGUUAUGCUAUGUUGCUUGCAUGACAAAGAAACUGUUUAGGUCUGUUCAUUGAAGAGGUAAUGAUUUUUUUUAUUUGGCUUGCUGUUCGUAGUCAGCUGUAAUUCGAUAACUGGUAAAUUUGGGGAAUCACUUCUCUGGACUUCAU